CCAAGUCUGUGACUUAAUAAUGUUAAUACGACCGUGUACCCUUUAUUGCUUAGUCAGCCGCAACGUCUCUUGCUCUCAUUCAAACGGCUUUGGGUAUGUCUCUUCAAGAGGCAUUGGAGGCGCGAAAAGCGCGUUUGCUCGCGCUGAGGAAAAGAAAGGAGGAGGGUGCAACCGACGACAAUAGAGGCGCCGUCUUGCUUAACCGCAACUUCGAUCCUGAAACGCGAACGUUACGGAAGCAUGGGCUGAAUGGUGCUAUAACCGAGGAUACUUUGGAGGAAGAUGUGGAUGGCAUGGCGGAAAAGAUAAUAGCGGAGGACGAACAACAGCGAGCGGAGGAAUUGAAUGUUUUUAAUAUUGCCCCAAAACGACCCAACUGGGACCUCAAAAGAGAGAUGGACAAGAAGCUAGCUAAACUAGAGCGGAAGACGCAGGAGGCAAUUCAUACUCUGAUCAGACAACGACUUGCCGCUCAAAAAGGCCAGUCAGAAGACAUCAUGGGAGCAAUGAAUGCACAAGAGAGAGCUCAGGAGGAGGACGAUGAUGAGGGAGAUUCGGACUAAGAUAAUAAUAUAUUCUAGUUCUAGUACUUGGUGUGAAACAAGUGGGAUCAAUUGAGCCACGUGGGGAGACACAUAUCCUGUAUUAAAACGUUCCUGCAAUCAAGUCUUGUCCUCU